CCGGCUCCGAACAACUGCCUCUUAGAAACGGUGUCUCCGCUUUGGCCAUCGGUCCAGACGCCACAAAAGCUUAGCCCGGUCACAUCGAUUAUCAGGGUUCUUUGUAAAGGAUCUUAUCAUAACUCCACCCUACGACUCAAAGCAUGACCAUCAGGAAAGCUGCAGAGACGGUGGCAUUGCAGAGGAGGUAGACAGCUGGGAUUGGACCAUGUGCCAUAGUGGGCUACCAUUGCGCCAUUGUCGCAACCCAACCAACGGCGCGGAUGUUGGCCGAAACGGGGAAACGAGCUGUAAAAUGCCGGGACUGAUGCGAUCGGUCAUGUUGCGAGUGCCGACAACUCUGCGACCUCGCAGCAGGCUCAGGCCCCCGGCCAUAAGAAGGAUUUUUUGGUGAUGGGCUCGGAUCUGAACUUGAAUUGCUCUCCCUAGUCAGUGCUUCAGACACUGGCGAUGGCUUCACUCGAGGAAAAGUCGCCUCCCGUCGCGGCCGCAGACCCAGCAGACACUCACGAUGAAAGCCAGACAUCCCGUGACGGCCCGUGGAUUUGCUUCAUGACGGCGAUCCGCUGGCACUCCAAAGACACGCCCAGCGCAGAAAAAAGACUCGUCCUCCGUCUGGACCUGUUGAUCCUCGUGUUUGGCUGUCUCUGCUUCUUCACAAAGUACCUCGACCAGUCCUCCCUCACCAACGCCUACGUCAGCGGCAUGAAGGAGGACCUCAACCUCCAAGGAAACGAGCUCAACUACAUGACCAUCGUCUUCUGGUCCUCCUACUGCACCUCCAUGAUCCCCGCCUGCUACUACCUCACCCGCCACCCCAUCAACAUCGUCCUCCCCGUCCUCGAGAUCGGUUGGGGUCUCUCCACCCUCGGCCUCGCCUGGGCGCGCAACGUGCAGACAGUCUACGCCAUGCGCUUCUUCACCGGCCUCUUCGAGUCCUCCUCCUUCACCGGCAUCAUCUACGUCAUCGGGUCCUGGUACAAGCCCGCCGAGAUCGGCCGCCGCGUCGCCCUCUUCUACGUCGCCGCGCCCCUCGGCACAAUGUUCGCCGGCUACCUCCAGGCCGCCGCCUACACCAACCUCCACGGCGCCCACGGCCUCGCCGGCUGGCGCUGGCUCUUCGUCGUCGACGCCGUCAUCACCAUCCCCGUCGCCCUCGUCGGCUUCUUCGUCUUCCCGGACGUCCCCGCGCGCUCGCGGCCGAGGCUGCUCCCGCCGCGCCUCUACGCCCUCGCGCGCGACCGCCUCCGGGGCCUGACGGCGCCGCCGCGGCUCAAGGUCUCGCGGGACAUUUUCGGGCGCGUGUUCCGCCGCUGGCACUGGUACCUCUUCGUCGCGCAGUGGACCAUCAUGAACGAGAACCUUCAGCCCAGCGGGUCCCCCUUCUCCCUCUACCUCAAGGCCUUCCCCGCGACAUACUCCGUGACGCGGAUCAACACCCUGCCCACCGUCGCGACCGCCAUCUCCGUCGUCUCGGCCUUUGCCGCGGGCGCCGUGGCCGAUCGCACGGGCUGGUUCGCGGGGUUAUCCGUCGCCGCCACCGUACCAUCGCUGGUUGGCGUGAUCCUGCUCGUGGCGUGGGACGUCGGCGAGCGCGGUCGCCUGGCGGCGUUUAUGCUCAACGGGUUCGAGGGCGCGAUCCCCUCGCUGACGAUGGCGUGGGCUACGAUAACCAUGGCCGGGGACGCCGAGGAGCGCGCCAUUGUGACGGCGUCGAUGAAUGCCAUUGGGCAGGCCAUUGUUGCCUGGGCGCAGCUGCUGCAGUUUCCUGCUGUUGAGGCGCCGUACUUUCGGCGUGGGUUCAGGAGUGUUGUGGCGACGAUGGUGGUGCAGUUCUUCAUUACUGGUGCGAUUUGGUUCUUGGUCAGGAGGGAUCGGAGGAAGCAGGAGGACGCGGUGGAAGAUACUGGAGAGCCGAUUCAGGAGGCAAAGCAAGGGGUCUAG